CGCAGACUCUCUUUGGCACCGAUAAAGUAUUCGAGAUCCAAAUAUGGUGCGGUGGAAGAGGGUGACCGCAAGUAGUUAAAACAUCAACCAGUCCAGCACUUCCGUCCAACUUCUGUUGGGACUGUGCCUUUGUUUCUUUCUUUUUUAUUCAACGUCCCCCUCCAAAAUGCCAUCGUCGACCGCCAUGGACUCGUACGCCUCGCUGAUCGCGGGGCCCAUGAGCACAGCACAGCGCAAACAACUACUCAAACAACUCCAGUCACCGGCCGCGAUUGCGACACUGCGUCGGCCAGAGAUUCUAAUGGACUUCUUCACCGACAGUCUGGACAUGGGCGACCUGGGGCUGGCGGUGCCGGCGUUGCAAGGACUGUUCCACCUGAUCACCACACGCAACCUCGACUACCCAGCCUUCUAUCCACGACUGUACGCACUGCUCGACAAGGAUCUCCUGCACAGCAAGUACCGGUCACGGGUGCUUCGACACCUGGACAUAUUUCUCGCACCGCAGAACCACCUGCCUGCGGCGACGAUCGCCAGCUUCAUCAAGCGACUAUCGCGACUGUGUCUGUUUGCGCCUCCCUCGGCCAUUGUCGCCAUCGUGCCCUUCAUCUACAAUUUACUCAAAACCCAUCCGACCACCACCUUCAUGAUCCACCGCCCGCCACACCCUCCUUACACGAAAUUCAAACACAAUCUCGGUAACGACCCGUUCGACCCGGCCGAGCCUGACCCACAAGUCACCAAUGCCAUCGACAGUUCGCUGUGGGAACUCGACACCCUGCGCUCCCACUACCAUCCCACCGUGGCGUCCAUCGCACGAAUCAUCGCCGAGCAGUUCACCAAGCAGCAGUACAAUCUGGAGGAUUUCCUUGAUCACGGCUACUCCAGUUUGUUACAGAGUGACUUGAACAAGAAGGACAAGAAGCCUCCUGUGGUUGAAUAUAAAAUCCCAAAGAAGAUUUUUACCCGCGAUAACGAGGGUUCGGACCAUGACACUGCGGCGGAUAAUCUCCUGUUGGACCUGUGGGAUUUCACAUCCUAGUAUACCAGUGCAGUGCGGAGCGCGAUCGUCAACAUUGAGCCACUAUAUUUGUUCGUCUUUACGGGAAAACCUGGGGGUUAAUUGGUCACGCAUACACCCGCACACACAUUCAUGACUGACAAGAUGCAUGCGAUGAGAUACAACGGGUCGGUUGGGAUAGACAUUGCAUGAAAAAGGAAUGCUCGGGUCUACCUUGUGGGGAAAGAACUAGACUAGACUGGAUUGUCUGCAGCGUUCUAGCGUAUGGAUGUUUUUGGCUUUCUGUAUGGGACUGGGCUCCCGAAGAUGGCCACGAAAACAACAAUGGAUGGAGUAUGGAGUUGCUGUUCAGAUCGAAGCCCGAGGAUACCCAGUGGGAUUUGGGCAUACGGAUGGAUAGACGGGAUAAUAGACGCAUGGAUGGAGAUAUAGCCAGACUUACUGUUCCAAAAGAGGCGGGUUCGUAAUGAAACAGGCAGUAAAGAAAGGUCUUUCAACAACCAAUAUCACACGGCAUACAAACUAAAAUAAAAUAUCACGGUCGGAAUCCC